CGUGCGGCUAUAUUCGUAGUAUUGGUUGCGUUGAAGGAAGGGGCGGUCAGCCAACAAUAAAACAAAAAAUUUCCGCCAUUUUGGUGCGAGUUAACGGCGAUUUUCCUGGAUUUAUAUCUGUCAUCGGUUAGUUACGUGUCCAAAACCGUGCUAAUAUGUGCCUGUGAUAACGUUAAGUGCGCGCCCCCUUAUAUAUUUGUUAUCCCCACGAACCGUAGUGAUAUGAACUAAAAACUAUACAAGUGUUAUAUCUACAUCUAUAUAUACAUAUAUUUGUUGUUUUCCUUUUUUCUCGCGAAACCCAUAAGAGACGAAACCGUUUUAAUAAUGAGCACUAGGGAUGAUGAGUACGAUUAUUUAUUUAAAGUUGUUUUAAUCGGCGAUUCCGGUGUCGGAAAGAGUAAUUUAUUAUCGAGGUUCACUAGGAAUGAGUUCAAUUUGGAGUCCAAGUCUACGAUUGGUGUCGAAUUCGCCACACGUAGCAUACAGGUGGAUGGUAAAACCAUAAAAGCUCAAAUAUGGGAUACGGCCGGUCAAGAACGUUACAGAGCGAUAACGGCAGCUUAUUAUCGUGGUGCAGUCGGAGCUCUUCUCGUCUACGACAUCGCAAAACAUUUAACCUACGAAAACGUCGAACGCUGGUUACGCGAAUUGCGCGAUCACGCCGACCAAAACAUCGUGAUAAUGUUGGUUGGGAAUAAGUCGGAUUUGAGGCACUUAAGAGCCGUGCUAACGGACGAGGCGAAAGCGUUCGCCGAGAAGAACGGCCUCUCGUUUAUUGAGACGUCCGCUCUCGAUUCGACGAACGUCGACAACGCGUUCCAAAACAUCCUGACGGAAAUCUACCGGAUCGUCUCACAAAAGCAAAUUCGUGACCCACCCGAAGGUGACACCAUCCGGCCGCACAACGUUGAACCCAUCGACGUUAAACCUACCGAUAAUUCGGACAGCGCUCGAAAACAGUGCUGUUAGUUACGAAGAAGCGCUGGGUUUUUAGCAAUAUUAUUCGGUUAUUGCCACAUUGCAGAAAAAUCAUCAACGUAGUAGUGGAGCCUCACCGUACGCUAUUUUGUUGUCAUUUAAAUAAAAAAAAACUAAGAAAUUAAAUUUAUCAAAAAUACUUCAUUAGCGAGGACGGAAAUGAAAAAUAAAAAAGGAUUUAAAAAAUUUAAUUAAUUAAAUAAUGUACACAACAACGUAAGAGCGCCGCCGCAAAUGUUUAAGUAAUUAGUAAAAAAUUAAAAAUGGGCAUACUUAAGUAAAAAAUUUUUGUCGUCGGCCAUCCCCCCUUCGUCUACUUUUUGGGCAACAGGAACACCACUGUACAUAGUUAGGAAUCGUCAAAGUGAAUGAGAUGGACGAGGUUUCGUUGGUCCGGCGUAUAAAAAAAAUCAAAGUAGUAGGUCGUAGUUAUAUGUUAACGUUUGUGAAAGUUGGCUGUACACUUUUAAAUGUUAAAAAAAUACGAAAAAAAUUAUCGAGAGAGCGCGUUAAGUUUUUUUCUUUAUACUUUUUUGUAUUUUGAGUUAGUUUAUUAUAGCGACUCCUCCCCACACCCAGUUUUUGAUGCAGUGUCUCAUUAUCCUCUUUAAAACCCAUACCUUCAACCCCGUUUAUUGCAAAAUCUUGGGUUUUUAUUACUACUACACUUUCCUGUCUCAUGAGAGUUUUAAAAUUAAUAAAAAAAAAAAAACAGAAAAAAUACAAGAAACUAUGUGUAUGCUACAAUAAAGUACAUAUAAUAUAUUAUUAAAAUCUAUAUAUAAAUAUAAUAUAAAAUAACGUAUAUAUGCUUAGUUUUCAUCUUUUUAUUAGGGAUUCAUUUUUAAAUAAAUUUCAGUAACUUAUUAA